CUCUCAUGCGUCACGGCUCGUUCCCUGUGCUGUCCCUUCCUCGCCAGAGGUUCGCUAAGCCCACCACUCGACAAACAGCAGCGGGAGCGUCGAGCGACUCCUCUCCCGAGACCUGGGACCCGAGACCUGAGACCCGAGACCUGACACCUGGGACCCGAGACCUGGUGUGGGCGGAUCCGGAUCCUUCCGGUCGCGUUGCUCGUGGUUUCUGGAGGAAUCGAACUGCCAUCUGCAAUGGAGUGGGCUUACUAACCGCUGGACCAACAGCAGGCUUUAGCUCCCUUCCCAACUCUUUCUUCUCAUCUCUGGCCUGUACUUGCCUUUUUCCUUUCCUUCUCCAUCACCUCUUUCAGAGCUACCAUGCGCAGAUUCAGCUCAGAGGGAUCCCUCCUGGAUCUGGAUUUCCUCCCAUGGAAGAGGGUGGUACUGAAGAGUUCCGAUUCCGGGAAGAACCGGGAGUCCGGCACGUACACACCUCACGCAGGGGAAGACGAGCUGGGUGGCAGCUCCACCCACCCUGUCCCCGCCAUUCGGGAGCCUAGAGCCAGUCCUGGCGGGGCGGGGAUGAAGGUGCUGAACAAGGAGCACAGUGUCAGUGCGGAGAACCUCAGCGAGCUGGAGAAACUGGGCAAGAACCACCUGGGAGUGUGUAUGAUCAGUGAAGGCUGCAGGGCCUACAGUGACGGCCAGCUGGCCCCGGCUGCCCAGGGCAGCACGGAGAGCAUGGAGAGGGACGAUGUGCAUCGCUCGUCUCCUUCUUAUUCCUCCAACCCCUUCAGAUUCCAGCACAGGCAACAGCAUAAACCCAAAAUGUCCACUGCUAAACUGCACCUCAAGAGUCUGUUCGGGCAGAGUCCUCAUUCCUCCAACUCCAACCUGUCCAACACAGAACAGACAGACAGUGCCACGGAGAGGAGGUCUCGGCUGCUCUUCAUGCGUCAGUGGAGUCAGGUGGGCCACAGUAAGAAGAGGAAGCUCAGUCAAGAAGAACUGCAGACAUGGGCAGAGUCCCUGAAUGCCUUGCUGCUCAGCCAGACUGGUGUGUCAGUGUUUGCAGCAUUCCUGCGUUCUGAGUUCAGCGAGGAGAACUUGCAGUUCUAUCGGGCCUGUGAGCAGUACCGAAACUCGUCGAACAACUUCAGCCUGCAGAGGAGAGCCAAAGACAUCUGUGCCACCUACAUCCAGCCAGGCGCCCCCCGGGAGGUGAACCUGGACAGUAAAACCAGGGAUCUGACCAUCCAGCUGCUGCAGGCUCCCUCUCACGCCUCUUUGACCCAUGCACAGAAACGCAUCUACUCGCUGCUCGACACAGACUGUUAUCCCCGCUUCCUCCAGUCCGACGUCUACUUGUCCUUACUGCGAGACGCCGACUAGACCCCACGUGGACUCAGCAGGAAGGCCACAAGCUUCCAGAAAUGCCUUAACACUGUAGACUUAAAUGUAUCUUCAAACCGGAGAGCUGCUGUGUAGUCUGUGAUGUUAGUGCCAUCAGACAAUGUACGAGUCAGUUAAAUGGGUAAAUUCCUUCUUUUGGAGAGUGAGAUGUUCAAAUGACUUCUAGUAUUUCACGCCUCUGUUUCCUCCUUGCACCCCUGUCUUAUUGCCAUGGUAGGCUGAGCUAACCAAACACUGACACCACUUGUGCACUUAUACAAACAUUGGAUUAAUAAAUAAAUAGAUAAUAAAUAGGAAACGCCCAUUUACCAAAUUGUUGAUUUAUUCCUAUGUUUGGCUUCUUUUUGGCACUGAGAAUGUGGAAAACAUGAGUGAACUUAUUUUUGUUUCCUCGGCUUGCUUGAGCUGUGAAAGUACACAGCUCUUAUUUUAAUCAUUAGACAGCGAAUGCUCACAUGGUCCAAUGGGCCCGGUCUGAGAGGAAAAACAAGCUCAGCAAGAUCAAGCGCUUCGCAGGAAAAGGUCAAAGUACAACGUGACUUACUUAAAUGGCAGAUGAGAAACUUGAGCGAAGUGACUGUGACAGGGGAAGGGACCACUAUCUGCUGCUAUACGCUGCAUGUUCAAACAAAGGCAGACACAGCCUCAGAAAAAAUCAUUUAAGGACUUAUGGUCCCGUACAAAUCAAAACAAGCCUUCAUCCAACAACAAACGGCAUUACAGAGUAAAGACGGAACCAAGUAAAAGUGUGUCAGGGUUAAGCAGAGAUCAAUAAAAUCCAGUUGCUGUAGCUGAUGUGUGUGUCGUCAGGCAGAGAUGGAGCGUUGCCUUCACAGGGGCUGUCUGAGUGUCUGCUCAUGCAGAAGUUGCCGGGAUACAGAGUGACCGGCCAGUGCAAAUAGUAACAUAGCACUAGAGUGUGUGGUUGGUCAAUUCCCACCCCCUCAUCUGACAAAUUGUUUCUUUGAUUCCAUGUUCUACCAGGCACAAAUGUAUUCUGUACCGAGCUUUAUAAAUGACCGAUCUUUAAAGGAGUCAGGAAUCAAGGCAAAUGUAUUAUCAAAAUAUGUCAGACAUGCAAGGAAUUUGACUUGGUGGUUGGCGCAUAACAGCAGGCAGUUAGACCAGUGCUUCUCAACUUGUCUGGCUCCGGGACCCACCUUUACCCCAUAUUGACGAGCCGCGACCUAAUUUGAUCGGUCAACGGGGGGGGUUCUAAUUGCCGCGCUGACUGAAAACAUGGACGGACGAGCCGGAAAAACACCGACACUCCGCUGCAUUAGAGAACGUCCCUUCAAAAUUAAAUCCCAGGAUGAAUUUUUUUGCAACGGGUCCGCGACCCACUAGUGGGUCGGGACCCACCAGUUGAGAAACACUGAGUUAGACAAUGCAAGACAACAUGACAACAUAGUGCAAUGUGUAAUGAUUGUCCCGGGCAUGUCUUCUUGUCGAGCCCUGAGGUAUAUUUUGAUUAGUAAUUACAACGUGUCAGGAGCAUGGCACCAUCACUGUGCUAGCUGCAAGGCUUAAGGUUUUAAGCAGUUUGGCUAACAAGGCCAACACUAGCUGUGUAAACAAUAGCCCACAACCAGAGUGUUAAAGCAUGUAUGACUUGAGCUUGUAUCCGAGAUCUAUACUGGGCUUUCUUCUCCUCCUCUUAUCGUUUUCGUCCCUUUGCACCAGAGAGUUAGGACCUUUUGAUUUCCGGCAGGAGGCUGAGGUCCAUCAGGACUAAGACCUCCCGCCACGCAAACAGUUUCUUCCCUUCGGCAGUCAGGCUCAUCAACAGAGCCCAGGCCCCCUCUGACUGACUCUGACUCCCAUGUUCAUUCAUCACUGUGUCACUUUCACUCGUCACUUUGUUUAGCUGGUGCACUUUAUCUUUAUUUUUAUUCCUAAUUUUAUCUUAUCUCCUCUAACUUACUAACCCAUAGCUUUAGUUUUUAGCGUACUAACCCAUAGCUUUUUCUUAUUAUACUUUUAUUUUAUUUUUAUCUUAUUUGCACUAUGUCGUCAUUAUUGUACUGUCUUCUGUCUGCACCUACCGCCAAGACAAUUUCCAUGUAUGUACAACAUAUUAUGGCAAUAAACGUUUCCUGAUUCCUGAUGCUUCUGAGUCUUGUGUCAACGGACUCGUUUCAAUUCAUGGUUCAAAAAGGCUUCUGCGUGAACACUAGGUGGACUAACGUUUUUUGUAGAAGACGACCUAGAGAGUGACGUCUUUGUGUGUGGAGUUCAUUGGUUUGUUUUUUCAUCAGAGACAUUUGCCACCUGCAUAGCCACUGCUGCUUUUCAUCGUGGACAUAUUUGUCCCGUAUUUCCCUCCACAACUUUGUGCACCCCUCGACCAGCGAACCGACAUUUGCAGAGAUCUCUCUCCAUGAAUUGGAGGCCAUCUGCACUUACAGUCCACCAAUGACGAGUUGUCAGUGGUCAUAUUUACGGACUUCUUCCGAAAACUCUUCAAACUGAUUCAUUCUCUCGUAAAAAAUCUAUGCGCACAUACUAUGGGUUAUACAGGAGUUCAUGUGUACUGUAAAGGAAACACUCAAGAGAGGACAUUAAAGAACCA